AUGGACGCCGAGGAGCUGGACGAGCUGGCGCGGCGGCUGCAGGGCCGGGCGCUGAGCGGCGGCGGCCUGCUGCAGCUGGCGGCCGCCACCGGCCUCGCCGCCUACGCCGUGUGGGCCGCCGUGCUCAUGCCCGGCUUCCGCCGGGUGCCGCUGCGCCUCCAGGUGCCGUACGUACCGUCCAGCGCCCAGCAGGUUGCGAACGUGAUGGCGCUGCUGGAGGGGCGCUCGGGGAAGACGGCGGACCUGGGCUCGGGCGACGGCAGGCUUGUCAUCGCGGCCUAUAAGCAAGGCCUGAGACCUGCCGUUGGCUACGAGCUCAACCCUUGGCUGCUGCGCCUCUCCAGCUAUCGGGCCUGGAAGGCUGGCUGUAACGGGCAGGUUUCCUUCCUGAAGCAGGAUCUGUGGAAGGUGAAUCUUUCUGAUUGCUACAAUGUCACCGUGUUCCUGGCUCCCAGCGUGAAACCUCCCCUAGCUGCCAAGCUCCUUGCAGAACUCCCAGAUGAGGCCCGAGUGGUGGCUGGACGCUUCCCCUUCCCAUCCUGGACCCCAACAAGCACCAUUGGCAAGGGGCUGGAUCAAGUGUGGGCCUAUGACAUGAAGAAGGUGCGGCAAGCAGCACAGAGCAGCAUGGAGGGAAGCCCGGUCUAAUGGGCAGCUCAUUCAGAGCACAGCAUUUUAAGGCUCACCAGCUAAAAAUGAGUAGGGAUCGGAGACACUGUCCAAGCCUCUCCAAACCAGUCUCAGCUCAGCGGUCCAGGAGAGCAGUGAAUGGGGGGAUGAGAGUGAUUCUUUGGCAGACUGUCCUGGAGACUCGCAGGAUCACAGCCCCUCCUUGUUUUCCAAAGUCUGAUCAGUUUUGGAGAACAAAGAAGGGAAUCAAAUCUAGAAAUCCUAGAGUUACAGGCUUUAAGGGCUAAAUCGUUAGUGCCUCUUUCUGUAGUUUGUUAGUUUAUUCGAGAUUAAUUUUUUGCAAUAAAUAUUUGGACAGUUCUUUCUUUGAGACAUUUGCUCUGCUUUUGAGCUGCAAGGUGAUUCUGGAGUCAGUGUGCCCCUUGCCACAAGCUUUGCUCUGAAGUCCCUUGUAAGAGGGCUCCAGAUGGCAUGUGUCCAGCUCUCUACCAAACACAGAAAUAAUGUUUUCCCACUGUGAAAGAGCAGCUGAUCCCCUUUGUUUAACUUCUUAGAAACAAAGUUUAGGUUGAACCAUCCCUGGUCUCAUCCCUCACAAGCUCAGAAGGGAGCAGAGGCAGAAGCAGAGUUAGCCCUUAGACUCAAGAGUGCUUUGCUCUGGGUCUGACCUAGCAGAAAUAUUAUCACACCAUCCUAGCAGAAGGCAAGAGUGGGAACCUGUCACUGCAGUUAUGCAGUAAAAAGCUGCCUGGGAAAUUGACCUUGUGUCCCCAGUUGUGAUGUGCUCAGGGAACUUCAGAACUAUUCCUACAGCUAAAGGGUCAGAGGAUAGACAAGACACAGUUGUCUUGUCCCAUUUUAGUACUGUUAAUUUGAGACCAAGAACACCCACGUGGUUUCCUUCUCUGUGUGUCCCAGCGCUCAGCCAGGGGAUGAAUGCUUGCCUUGGCCAGUCCACAGAACAGAAAGCUUUUAAGCCUUGCACCUUCCUCCAGUUCUGCUGCUUCUUGGAGGCACUGGGAAGAGCUAUAUUUCACGGCUGAUGGUCCUUUUGGAUCUCUGCAGUAAGUGAGUAUCAGUGGCCCCAGCACUGAGUGCACGUGGUACUUCACUGCCAACGAGUUUUCUUAACCGGAGGAUCUCCUGCUUAUACCUGCAACAGGGAAGCAGCAAUGUGAUUCCCUGUGUGAUCAUGACCUUACUGAUAGCUCACUCACAGGUGCAACCAGUUUAAACACAGACACUGCCAGUUAAUGCACACCAGCCAAUACACAGGCUUUGAGCCACACCAAGAUCUGAGUCCUGACAAAUAUAAAACCCCAGCUAAUGAUCAUGCACUGCCCAGCAGAAGAGGAAAUACACCAGUACACUUUGGGACAUGCUGGCUUCCUCCCAGUUUUCCCUAGGAAGAGACAUUUAUGAACUCUGCCAGGUAACGGCACCAGCAACAAGCCCAGGAACCAAACUUAGAGCUGCAAUGACUACUGAGUUAUACCAGGCACUGGGCUGGACCACUGCUUUGACAGUUUGGUUCUGGUUGUACUCGUCCUUCCUUGCCCUAGCAGCUACUCUCCCUGCUUUGAGGUAUGUUAUGCCAGUGAGAGAGGAGCUCAAAUCAGGGCCUGCUAGAAGGCUUGGGAUUUUAGGCAACCUCUCCCUUUCCUUAGCUUCCUUCAAAGGACGGACUAAUGGCAAAGGAGACAUGUCCCUUGGCAGGCCAGAUGCUGCCCCCUCUGCCACACGGAGGGAUGGAUGGUGCCAGCUGCCCGCACAGCUGGAUGUGCUGUGUGACAUUAGCUGUGCUGAGCAGUGCUGUGGGAAGGCAGCAGCAAUGCCAGGUGCUGACACAGCAGUGGGCAUGGCAGUGUCUCUGGCAAUUAGCCCUGGAGAUAAACUUGGAGCACAAAGCAGGGAAUAUGUGAAUGGGGAUCCUUCAGUCUCACCUUGCAAGAUGCUUAUCGAUGUAUUCCUGCAGCUCUGACACCUGUUCCUCUGCCACGACUGCCCGAGUCAGCAGCUGGCUUCUCUCUGUCUCCAAAUCCUCCUGGAGGCGUGAGAAAAGCAUGGAAAGAACAGGGAGCUCUGUGAGAUGGGAAUGGGGUGGCAUGGCUCCUCUCCUACCAGACGAUACCAAAAAAGAGGCUACCUCAUCACCCAGCCCUGACACUGCUUGGCAUUAUGCUGCUGCUGUAGCCAGAAAACUGACGUGCUUAGAGAAGGAAGGCUGGUGACGAUAGCCAAGCUUUCUGCAGGCAUGGCCACUCCACGGCAUUAGCCUGGUGGACCAGGUAACCACUCCCUGACCGGACUGCGGGCAUGAGGGCUACAGCCACCCCCAGGACACAGAGUAACCUCUGGCUGCCAAGCUGCUGUUCAUUCCCCCAGAGGCCUCACAGGAAAUCAGUGGACUGGUUUUCAGAUUUGACACUUGGACACAGAGAGCUUUCACACCUUUCAGCCACCAGCUUUCUGCAAAGGGAAGUGACCUUCCCGUUCAGAUAAAAACUGUUUGCUUUUCACACAGCAUCUCUGGGUGGUAAAUCACCAACUUACCUAAUUGCACAAUCACAGUUUCACUAAGAGGAUCUGAGGAGCAGGUGGAGAAGAAGCUUGACAGAGGUUACCCCCAAGAGCCACAACUGAGCCAGGAGUAGGACCUGUUCCCACUGCAGCCCUGCAGCCACUCAGCCACACUGUCUCCCUGCUUUCGGCUUUAUCUAAACUGUGUUUAACUUUACUCAAACAGAAGAGAUUAAAACUUUUCAUCUGGUCACUGUAGACAGAGGAGCCAUGGAAUGGAAGUGGGCUUUUAGCACAUCUAGCCUUGCCUACAGCAGGAAGUUGUACCUCUGCUCCAUUUCCAAAGCAUUUCUCCUCAGCUUUUCUGUACAUAUAUCAGUCAACUAUGUCAAGGAUCCUAAUACUCACCACUCUCCCGAGCAGCUCUCAUUGCUGUGCUUGCUGUCGAACAGCAAACCCCACCCUGGCCAAGCCUGCUCACAGCAAACCUUACCAUAGUCUCAUGGUUGCUGAUGAAAAGAGCUCUCCCUGAAGCUCAGUCCCAGCCCUGGCCACGUACCAGCAGUUCAAACAUCCUUUCACUCAGGGAAAACAAGAUAGAGAAGCUGAUCUAGAUUCAAACUAGACUUCUGUUGUUUCAACCAGGUUAAAAACAGAUCCAGUUUGUCAUGCAGAUAACUAAAUGCUUGUGCUGAAAAAAGGAAGGAGGCAAUAAAGGCCAGGAGUGAGCAGCUAUAAGGGCUGGUCUACUUCUUCCAGCAGCAGUGACACUACAGCCUCAACACAUCACUGGCCAUAGACCUGCUACAGGCACCUGGUGCACCAAGUCCAAAGCCAUAGCAAGACACUGUGGAAAGCCUCAAAGCUCCAGUCUAAGAGCCGCAUAUUAGCCCAGAGAAGCAACUGGCUGGAGCAGCAGGUCUUCAAGAUGUGAAAAAAUGUUAAGCUUGUUUUAGAUGAGCUGGGAAAGAAGACCUGUACCUGGGUGGUAUGCGUGAACUCCCGGAGCUGCUUCCUGACCUCUUCCCAGCCCUCUUCAUCCAGCUUCCUAGGAGAGAGGAGCAGAUUUCAAUCAUGCACAGACAUUCAAAGCCAGCUCAUCUGCAUGUCAGGCAGCUCUGUAUGAGGGCUGGACACACACUUGUCUACCAGACCAUAAAGCUCAGAGAUCAGAGCCUUUUCUAUCCUGAUGCCCCAAACUUCUUCAGGGCAUGCAGUGCUGUCCCUAUGCCCAGAAAUGAGAGUCACAGCCCUUCUGCCAACCUGGAAUUCCCACUGUGAUGGCUGAAUUUGUUCCAAGUUCACAUCAACAUUCAUACAUCAGAGAGGACUCCAUGCAGAAAGUGUCAUUAACCUGACACUGCAGGACUGAACUUUAUGGAAAUACAGAGCAGAGUAUGAUCAAUGCCAAAUGCUGUUUUUUUUCUUUUUUUUUUUUUUAUGUUUCUCAGCACAAACCCGCUCAUUCUGAGCGCGGAGUGUGAUAGGUGAGCUGUCUGUGCAGUCUGACCGUGGGAAAGUUCUUCCUAUUCUGUCCUAGUUUGAAUAAGGAAAAUACAGGUCACAUCUGAUGUUCAGGGAAUUUUGAUUGUAUGAACUGAGGAAUGCAUUGUGUUCAAACUCUGCAGCCUAUAGACUGGAAAACAGCUUUGCUGGGACUGUGAGAGUUCCCUCUGGUGGCUGCAAUCGCCCAGCCCAAGUACCUGGAAAAUCAUGGCUGAAACCUCAUGGAAGCAGAAGUUAGGAGAACAAUAAACAGUAAAAAACACACCUCUGAUUAAGAAGAGAAACGCAGCAGGUACUGUAGCUGAAGUACUGUGUUAAUAUCAGCCUUCAUUCCUCUAGUUAGAGCAACAAAGUAACAGCUAGGGUAAAAAACCUCAGGGUACAGAAAACAAACCUAAGUGUGUAGAGUCUCUUGACAGCUGUAAAACCUUAACAAGAUACAGCACUAAAAUUCAGGUUCUGGUACUUCUCCGUCUUGCUCCUGUAGCAAGUCUGUCAAAAUUAAUGCAUCUGCUCAGAGACUGCAAUUAUUGUUUAGAAUGGAAAAUGUGGCAGGGGCUGGUUAGCGCUCCAGCUGUUCUCUGAGAUACUGCAGAACCCAGUGGCUCAGGCACUAACUCCUCAGAGUUGGAAUACAGUUACCAAAAUAUCUCAGGUUGUUUUUGCUAGUUUUUCACUUUCUAAAAGGCAGAAAGAUGCCAGCUCAGAUUUCUCUUACACUUUGUUCUCUCUCUCCAUAACUGUGGUGGGUAGAGUUUCAACUGAAUAAUGGAGCAAGGAAAAGGGACUACUCUAAAUUAGCAAAUAAAUAGCACGUUAAGAUAUCAGGCAGGUAUCAGUACAGAGUCAUCUAAGUGUUCCAGCCCCAGCUUCUGUACUGGGAGGGAGGAGAAACAAGAUCUUCCCAGCUCAGGGUUGUUUCACUUGCUUUUCUCAGGUUGUGAUCCACCAAAGCACUCAGGCGUAUGCUUAGUUUCAGCUUCUAAAAAGAUCAGUGGGACUAAAAACAUGAUUAAAUCAAACAUGUGCUUAAGAGCUUUCUUGGAUCAAGGCCCAAAUGACCCACUCAUUUCACCACAGGAAAUGCUGUAUUGUGAUGACAGCUGGCUUUUUCUCCCAGAUGAGUCCCUAUUAUCUCUCCUUCUCCCUAUUUAUUACCUUCUCCAAGUAAUGUAGAAGAUUCUCAAUCCAUAGAGCAAGGAGCAUUCAGAAUUACAAAAUAUGCCAGGAAACAGGCAGGACUUACUGCUCAGGGGACAACCCAAAGCCAGAGGUUUCUUUCAGUCUUUUCUGAAGGCAAAGGGAAAACAAUAUAUUCUGUAAGCAUCAAACCACAGCAAUCUUGCUACAGUCCCCAUCACUUUGAAGAAAGUAGCACAAAAUAUCCUAGCACUCCUAAUGGUCACCAGUGUCCUGACAAGGAAGUGAUCUGCAGGAUGAUCUUAAGGUUUAGUGUCUCCCACCCUCUUCAUUUUUAAAUAAAUGUAUCUCAUGCAAAUUAAAAAACA